UGCGAGUUAAACUGUUGUAUUUAUAAGAUCGGCAAAUAAGUGUUUAUUUUAAAGUGUUUUUUCUUUUUUCUUUUAUUGUGAUCAAAAUUACUAAUUAGAGGAGCCUAUAUAGCUGUUAUAUAAAGAAGAAAGCCUGCUUUUCUUUAAAUGUUUGGAAUUAUUUUAUAAAUUGAACAUUUCUUUGAAGAUGAAUACAUUCUUUGUUUACAGUUUUAUACUAUUAGCUGCAAUAACUACAGCAUUGGCAACAAAACCACCAAAAUGGGAUCCAAUUUAUACAGUUAGUGGAACUUUAUAUAUUCCAUAUGCUGAAAUUGAAGAACCUUUUUAUGCUUGGUAUGAUAGUCAUAGUCGUCGUUCUAGAAUCGAUUAUUAUGGUGGAAUGGUAAAAACUUACCAAUUGGCUCAUUUCGAAGCAUAUGGAACUUCAUUAAAAUUAGCUCCAGUUAGUACAGAUUCUGAACUUAAUAAGGAAACAUGUCUUCAAGUGAAUGGUACAUCUGAGAAUAAAGUUGAUAUACAAGCAAUAUUACCAGAUGCUAAAGAUUUUAAAUUAUUGGGAACUGAACAAUGUAAUGGAGUACCUUGUGAUAAAUUUGGUUUGGAACAAACAUUUGGACAAAAGAAAAAUAUUUAUUCAUUAUGGGUAAAAUAUAGAAAAUCACCAAAAUAUCCUGGUUCAAGACAACCAAUUCCAGUUCGUUAUGAAAUGAAAGGUUACAAUACUUUAUUGGGAUCACAUUAUGAUCAUUAUUAUUUAGAAUACAAUGAUUAUUCACAUGAAGAUAUUCCAAAUGAAGUAUUCGAAAUUGAUGAAAAAUUAAAAUGCGUUUCAUUCCCUGGUCCUGGAAAAGGUCAUUAUGCUACAUUUAAUCCAAUGCAAGAAUUUAUUCAUCCAGUUUCAAAUGAACAUUUAGAUAAUGAAUUUAAUAGAUUUGUUGGUAAACAUGGUAAAAUUUAUAUUGGAGAUACUGAAAAAGAUUAUCGAAAAGAUAUCUUUAGACAAAAUUUACGUUUAAUUCAUUCUAAAAAUCGUCAACAAUUGGGAUUCUCAUUGGCUGUUAAUCAUUUGGCUGAUCGUACUGAAGAAGAAUUACGUGCCAUACGUGGAUAUAAAAGUUCUGGAGUUUAUAAUGGUGGAAAACCAUUCCCAUAUGAGGUUGAACCAAGAAGAUCAAAUUUACCAGAUCAAUGGGAUUGGAGACUUUAUGGUGCUGUAACACCAGUUAAAGAUCAAUCAGUAUGUGGUUCAUGUUGGUCCUUUGGAACAACUGGAGCUAUUGAAGGCGCAUAUUUUUUGAAAAAUGGUGGAAAUUUAGUUAAAUUGUCACAACAAGCUUUAAUUGAUUGCUCUUGGGGUUACGGUAAUAACGGAUGUGAUGGUGGUGAAGAUUUCCGUGCAUAUCAAUGGAUGGAAAAAGUUGGAGGUAUACCAACAGAAGAAGAAUAUGGGGAUUAUUUGGGACAAGAUGGUUAUUGCCAUAUUAAAAAUUUAACAUUAGUUGCUCCAAUAACUGGUUGGGUUAAUGUAACACAAAAUAAUGUGGAUGCACUUAAAAUUGCAAUGAUUAAUCAUGGACCAAUUUCGGUUGCAAUUGAUGCAUCACAUAAAACUUUCAGUUUUUAUUCACAUGGUAUAUAUUAUGAGCCGAAAUGUGGUAAUACAGUUGAUGAAUUAGAUCAUGCUGUUUUAGCAGUUGGUUAUGGAACAAUUAAUAAUCAAACAUAUUGGUUAGUUAAAAAUUCAUGGUCAAAUUAUUGGGGUAAUGAUGGUUACGUUCUAAUGUCAGCUAAAGAAAAUAAUUGUGGUGUUAUGACUACACCAACUUAUGUAACAAUGUAAAAAUAACAUUUUAUUAGAAAUUUUUGUACUUUUACUGAAAAGAUAUUUUGUUUUCCUCAAUUUAAUGCAGAUAGACUGAUACUAAUAAAUUACAUCGAAUUUAGUAAUUUUGAUUAUUCCUGUAUAAUAUUUUAAAAAAAAAGAUUGUAUCAAAUGAGUAAUGAAAAAUGUUUUAUUUUAUUUUAAAAUAAAAUUGGUGUAUAAAAAAAGUA